GAGAGCAGAGCAGAAGUCAUAAGAUUUCAUUAUCCAAUUCUAACAAACUUCUUAUCAGAAACACAAGGAGAGAAAGAAAGGAACAUACAUGGCAUCGUUACUCUUUCCAGUGGGCUCUGCAUCGGUGAAAAGCUCAACCAGCAGCGGCCGCGGCGACGGUGGUAGAGUCGGAGGUUUAAAUGUGAGAUGCUCCAACUUGGAGAUGAAGGAUAUUAGAAGAAGAGAGUACAAGAAGAACGAUGAUUUUUCGAUUCAGCGUAGGGGUUUGAUUGGUCUCGUAUUUGGAUCGGUUUCGAGCAGCAUUAUGGUAUUAGUAUCGGACAAUGUUGCCAAAGGAGCAGGGUUACCUCCUGAGGAGAAGCCCAGAUUAUGUGAUCAAACUUGUGAGAAGGAGCUUGAAAAUGUGCCGAUGGUAACGACGGAGUCUGGACUGCAAUACAAAGAUAUUAAAGUUGGUGCAGGUCCUAGUCCUCCAAUUGGUUUUCAGGUGGCUGCUAAUUAUGUUGCUAUGGUUCCAUCUGGACAAAUAUUUGAUAGUUCACUGGAGAAAGGGCAGAUCUACAUUUUCCGUGUUGGUUCUGGCCAGGUGAUCAAGGGACUUGAUGAAGGAAUUCUGAGUAUGAAAGCUGGUGGGAAGCGAAGAAUCUAUGUUCCAGGAUCACUGGCAUUUCCAAAAGGUCUCAAUUCAGCUCCCGGAAGGCCAAGGGUGGCUCCAAAUAGUCCUGUAAUUUUUGACGUCAGUUUGGAAUAUAUUCCCGGCCUUGAAAUGGAAGAAGAGUAGAAGCAGUCUGCAUUCUUAUACUAGAUUCAUCAUUAAUUUUACCACUGCUUCACAAUGGAGAGGACAAUGAUAAUAGCAAUGAGCAAGAGCAAAAUGAUGGAAAUCAUCAUGCAUUUCCUCGUCUUUCUUUGCAAGCUCUUCGCAGUUCUAAGAGCCUCCGUACCAUUCUGAACAUGAUCUACUGCAUUUGUCACCUGUCUCGAAAAAAACAUCCACGCGAUUUAACUUAUCAUUAUUACAACUAGGGGUGUGCAUUCUGUAUGAACUGAACUGAAUUUAUAAGGAUAUAAACUAUUUCGAACCAAA